AUGGCAUUGUCGCAGACCACCAUGAGCAUCAAGUUUACCAUGUUCCAGGAGCUGGACAACUAUCAUCAGGCCUUCGAACGUGCCAGAUGUUUCGAAGAUGACGAUGAGUUCUUUCCGGGACCUCUUGAGGAGACUCGUGUCACACAGGUCACGGCUGGCGCGAGCAAAAGCUUGAAUGGCGAUGCCGCUCCUUUCACGCCUAAUGGGCUCUUCCAUCAUCGAGAAGAGAUACAACGGUCUUUUGAGCAGUGUUAA